AUGGGGCGUAGGGAAUCGUUCGUGGAGCAGUUAGCAGCCUUGUUGGUGCGGCAAGCAGAUGCAGCAGAACGGGCCCAGAAGGAGUCUCAACGCAGGGAAGAAUGCAUGAGUAAACUCCUGGAGGGCUUGGUGUCUCAGCAAACCCACGCCGACGGUACAACAGCACACUCUGCCGGCGACAACAGCACAAGCAACGAGACCCUCGACAAUAGCAGCACACCGGCUAGAUUUCCCGUCACCGCUGCAACGGCACCACGUCUGGCAUCAUCUGCGUCCUUGCGUGAGUUCGAUUCAUGGCGCCACAAGUUCAGGGGCUAUGUUACUCUCACGAAGAUGUCCUCGCUGCCUCAUGCGGAGCAGAGAGCAGCACUCUCUUCUCUCCUGGACGACGAGUGGACGCGGAUCCUUCGUUACGUCAUCAGUGUGGAAGAAGACGCCGACCUGGACGAGGUUUUGGAUGCCAUGGAGUGUUACCUUCGGGGACAGCGUAACAUCAUCGUUGAUAGGAGGGACUUCUACUCUCGGGUGCAAGAACCGGGAGAAAGUUUUGAAUACUUUCUUUGUGCUAUUAAGGAAAUAGCGAACUUCUGCGACUUUUGUGACAAGUGCCUGGACAAUAGACUGCGUGAUCGCAUUGUGGUCGGUACGAGUGACGAGGUAGCUUUGAAACGCAUGUUAGAGGACCGAAAGCUAACACUACAAACAGCGAUUGAUCUGUGUAGAGCAUCCGAAAGUGCAAACCAGUGUAGUGCCAUGAUCAGGGGCUCUGCAGGUCAUACAGUGAACAAGGUGUCCAAUUACAAGAAAAUGCAGAAAACUGGCACCAAAGUAAAAACUGGUACUAUGUGUUACCGCUGUGGAAAAGACUGUCGCAGUGACAAGCAGGGGUGUCGAGCAGUUAACAGAAACUGCUCUAAGUGUGGUAAACGAGGGCACUUUGCAGUUGUGUGUCAGUCAGCUGUGCAAGUAUCGUGCCGCGAAGCUUUUAAGCACCUUGUGAAUCCCUCGCUAAAACCCUCGAGUGCCAAGCGUAACCGUAAGACGGUGUACCAGCUCCUUGGAGGCGUGUAUACCAGACGAGUGACCGCGCGCCCCGCGCCACGGGUUAAAGUUGAGGCCACGCACCCUGCAGGACGUGACUUGGUCGUGUGGACACCAGAUUCCGGGGCAGAAACGACUGUAAUGGGCCUCGACACGGCACAUUCACUGGGAAUUUCUCUGUCUACCCUGAACCCUGUUGAUGACGACAUUUUUGCUGCUGGUGAACAGCCACUCACCUGUUUGGGAACCUUCCAGUCACACCUGGAAUUGGGUGAGAAACAGACAGAGACAACAGUGACAGUCGUCAAGGAGAUCAAGGGAGCCUUACUCAGCUGGUACGACUCCAUCGCUCUUGGGAUUCUGCCAGAAAACUUUCCUGCCCAGAUUAACGCGAUUCAGCAACCGAAGAAACGACGCUGCCAGGAACAGAAGGUCGAACCACGAUCACUUUCGGCGGCACCAUCAUCAGCAGAACUACCUAGUUGGCCGCAUGCGUACGACCUGACACCGUCACAGCGGGAAAACCACGCCAAGGCGAUAAUGAAGGCCUUCCCAAGGGUCUUCAGUGCGUCAUCAUCACUGAGGGAAAUGGAAGGAGGUCCGAUGCAGAUCCAUCUGACCAACGAUGCUCGUCCAUUUGCAGUUACGGCUCCACGAACGAUUCCCUACGCCUGGCGUCAAGACAUCAAGCAUCAGUUGGAUGAACUACUAGACAAAGACAUAAUUGAGAAGGUUGACUACCCGACGGAUUGGUGCCAUCCUAUUGUGCCGGUGCCUAAGAAGCCAUCAGGUGUGAGACUGUGUGUCGAUCUCACUCGUCUUAAUCGUUACGUGAGAAGACCAGCGUAUCCUGUUCGCUCACCCCAUGACGCUAUAUCUUCUAUGGGAUCUGCGGCAUGGUUUACUAUCCUCGACGCCAAGAUGGGUUACUUUCAAAUUAAGAUCGCAGACGAGGAUCAAGACCUGACGUGCUUCAUAACACCCUGGGGCCGGUUCAAGUUUAAACGUGCUGUCAUGGGGCUAGUCUCGUCAGGAGAUGAGUACAACCAACGGGGUGACAAAGCACUUGGAGACAUCCCGCAAACCAUCAGGAUGAAAUAA